CUCGUUUCGAUUUGUAUGUCUAAGAUUAUUAAUGAUUUCGUUGAACUUUAACGCAUUCCACUGAAGUUAACGUGACACGAGAAGCUUUCAAAGAAACAAAAUUUUCGUUCUCAUUAACGGAGGUUUAACACUUCACUACCAUCAUUUGUUUCGGUAACAGUAUCCAUAGGUACAAUAUUUUAUUAAAUGCGAUAUACCUUCUUUUUGACUGUAAUUUAAGUAUGUUCUAAUAUUGAAAAAAAAAUGAUUCGAAUAAAGAGAUCUGUUAAUCAACUUCCUGAGUGUUGCGGUCACGUUAGAUCGUAUCGUUUGCUCACAACUUAUUACGUAGACAAGGCUAACAAAGCACACAGCGAAAAUAUUCCUUGCCUCUGUAGGUAAAUACCUACUGUUUCGCUAGCUUUCGAGUCGUGAACGGAAUAUACUUAAGUACUUGAUACUUAGCUACAUAGACUACACUGUAAUAUUUAAGGAUGAGAUGUUAAAGAGUUCCGUAAACUGAGAAGUUACGGGGAAAACAUUGUACGAUAUUAUCGUACAACCUAAUUGCUACAUUGAGCUGUAAAAAUUGAUAUUCGCAACUAAUUAAAGUAAUUAGUUAUAAAUAUAAAGACAAACAUAAUAUAAACAUAAAAUGUUAAAAAGUCAUUCUUGAAUGGUACAAUUAAUUUGAAAUUGAUACUGCUUAGUUUGGCGAAGGACGUGAGAACUAAGCAGAAUGUGGAUUAUAUUUAAACAAGGACAUUACAGCAGUCCAUAGAGCUACUGCAUGUAGGGCUUGAGUAUUGUUGAUAGGAUAAUUAUCCUAUGUUUUCUAGUGAGAGGGUGGAGUAUUAGAUUUUCAAUUCUAUAGAUUCACGGCAUUGUUCAACGUUGCGUCAAAAUGUGUUAAUUGUAUUGUGAAUUACUUGAAAAUCAUUUCAUUUUCUAGUAGAAAGAUAUAAGUUUCUAGUGUACUUAAGUUACUGGGUACCGUAACCUCUUUAGAGGUUUAUUCCUAAACUGAAAUGACUACUGACAAAGUAACUUUGGGUGAUGCUUUGUCUAAUGUUGAUGUGCUUGAUGAAUUUACAUUACCAGAUGAACAGCCGUGCAUUGAAGCGCAACCGUGUUCUGUAGUAUAUCAAGCGAAUUUUGAUACUAAUUUCGAAGACAGAAAUGGCUUUGUUACAGGAAUUGCUAAAUAUAUUGAAGAAGCUACAGUUCAUGCAAGCUUGAAUGAACUAUUAGAAGAAGGAUUAAAGCAUGCUGUUAUGUUAUAUACUUGGAGAUGUUGCUCCCGUGCGAUUCCUCAACCAAAAUCGAAUGAACAACCAAAUAGGGUAGAAAUUUAUGAAAAAACAGUAGAAGUAUUAGCACCAGAAGUAAAUAAGUUACUGAAUUUUAUGUAUUUUCAAAGAAAAGCUAUUGAAAGGUUCUCUGGAGAAGUAAAACGUUUAUGUCACCAUGAAAAAAGAAAAGACUUUGUUUCUGAAGCAUAUCUGCUUACAUUAGGGAAAUUUAUUAAUAUGUUUGCUGUUUUGGACGAAUUGAAAAACAUGAAAUCUAGUGUAAAAAAUGAUUACUCUACUUAUAGGAGGGCUGCUCAAUUUCUUAAAGUAAUGUCUGACUCCCAAACAUUACAGGAAUCACAAAAUCUAUCAAUGUUUUUAGCUACACAAAACAAAAUUCGUGACACAGUAAAAGAAAAUUUGGAAAAAAUUGCAGGAUACGAAGAGUUACUUGCAGAUGUGGUCAAUAUUUGUGUCCACAUGUUUGAGACUAAAAUGUAUUUAACACCAAAUGAAAAACACAUGUUGGUAAAGGUCAUGGGAUUUGGAUUAUUUUUAAUGGAUAGUGAAUUGUGCAAUAUCAAUAAAUUGGAUCAAAAGAAAAAAUUAAAAUUAGAUCGAAUUGAUAGAAUUUUUAAAAAUUUGGAGGUAGUACCAUUAUUUGGUGACAUGCAAAUUGCGCCUUUUAAUUAUAUUAAGCGUUCUAAACACUUUGAUGCAUCAAAGUGGCCAUUAUCUUCUUCAUCAAACAGCAUAAGUCCUCAAGCAGAUCUUAUGGUGCAUCUGCCACAGAUUAGAGAGGAUCAUGUAAAGUAUAUUAGUGAACUAGCAAGAUACAGUAAUGAAGUAACAACCACGUAUAAAGAAUGUGGUAGCGACGUAGAAAAUAGGGAAACUGCUGAAUUAGCAUUGCGUGGAUUGCAAUUACUUUCACAAUGGACAAGCGUGGUGACAGAACUUUAUAGUUGGAAGCUUCUUCAUCCCACUGAUCAUCAUAUGAACAAGGAAUGCCCACAGGAAGCUGAAGAAUAUGAAAGAGCUACACGUUACAAUUACACAGAUGAGGAAAAAUUUGCUUUAAUAGAAGUGAUUGCAAUGAUUAAAGGAUUACAAGUAUUAAUGGCUCGUAUAGAAACGGUUUUCAUCGAUGCAAUACGUAGAAAUAUAUAUGCAGAAUUACAAGAUUUUGUGCAACUUAUUUUGCGGGAGCCACUACGUAAAGCAAUUAAAAAUAAAAAAGAUCUUAUUAGGAGUAUAAUUGUAUCUGUAAGGGAAACUUGUGCAGAUUGGCAUUUUGGUGUAGAGCCAUUAGGAGAUCCUGCUUUAAAAGGCAAGAAAGAUCCUGACAAUGGAUUUGGUAUUAAAGUACCACGAAGGAAUGUCGGUCCUUCCUCAACUCAGCUUUAUAUGGUUCGUACCAUGUUAGAAUCGUUAAUUGCCGAUAAAAGUGGAGGAAAACGUACUCUGAGAAAAGAUAUUGAUGGUCAAUAUCUUGUGCAAAUCGAUCAAUUCCAUAAAACUAGCUUUUAUUGGAGUUACCUUUUAAAUUUUAGUGAAUCUUUACAAGACUGUUGCGAUUUGUCUCAAUUAUGGUACAGAGAGUUUUAUCUGGAAAUGACCAUGGGUCGAAAGAUACAGAAAUGCCAAGUACGUCACCAGCAUAAUGAAGAGUGCAGCGACUUGAUCACCAUGGAGAAACGUAUUCAGUUCCCCAUUGAGAUGUCUAUGCCAUGGAUAUUGACUGAUCACAUACUAAGAAGUAAAGAACCAUCGAUGAUGGAAUAUGUUCUAUAUCCAUUGGAUUUAUACAACGAUAGUGCAUUAUAUGCACUGACGAUAUUCCGCAAACAAUUUCUGUACGAUGAAGUGGAAGCUGAAGUAAAUUUAUGCUUUGAUCAGUUCGUUUAUAAGCUUAGCGAACAAAUUUUUGCUCACUAUAAGCAACUGGCUGCAAGUAUAUUGUUAGACAAAAGAUUUCGAGUCGAAUGCGUUGCUCUUGGAGCAUACUUACUUCCAUACCCUCGUGCCAAUCGAUACGAAACGUUAUUAAAACAAAGACAUGUUCAGUUAUUGGGAAGGAGUAUUGACUUGAAUAAGUUGAUCACACAACGUAUUAAUGCGGACAUGCAAAAAUCGUUGGAUUUAGCAAUUAGUAAAUUUGAGUCCGGUGAUAUUACAGGAGUUGUAGAAUUAGAAGGACUUCUGCAAGUUAAUCGUCUUACUCAUAAACUUUUAAGUAAAUGGCUUGCACUGGAUGAAUACGAUGCAAUGUUUAGAGAAGCUAAUCAUAAUGUUUUAGCUCCGUAUGGACGAAUCACGCUUCACGUGUUUUGGGAACUGAAUUAUGACUUUUUACCAAAUUAUUGUUACAAUGCAGCAACAAACAGAUUUGUAAAAUGCAGAGGACUUCAAUUUGUACAACCAGUUCACAGAGAUAAACCUCCGCAAAUGUCUCAUCAUUAUCUUUGGGGAAGUAAACAAUUAAAUUUAGCUUACAGUACGCAAUACGGACAAUACUCGGGAUUCGUUGGCCCACAGCAUUUCCGAACAAUGUGUAAACUUCUUGGUUAUCAAGGCAUCGCGGUAGUAAUGGAGGAGCUCCUGAAAAUUGUCAAGUCUUUGAUUCAAGGAAGUUUACAUCAAUUUACCAAGACCUUGAUGGAAGCUAUGCCGAAAGUUUGCAAGCUUCCCAGAUACGAUUAUGGAUCUCCAGGUGUCCUGGGAUACUAUCAUGCCCAGUUAAACGAUAUCGUGCAAUACCCUGAUGCGAAAACCGAGCUUUUCCACAAUUUUCGAGAGUUCGGUAACACAAUUCUAUUCUGCCUCUUAAUGGAACAAGCUUUAUCGCAAGAAGAAGUUUGCGAUUUGCUACAUGCAGCACCGUUUCAAAAUAUAUUACCCAGGCCUUAUUGCAAAGAGGGCGAAAAACCGGAAACAAAGCAGAAACGACUUGAAGCUAAAUAUGCAGCCUUACAAAUCGUUCCAAACGUAGAUAAAUUAGGUACAGCUAAGCAAGCAAUGAUCGCCAGAGAAGGAGAUUUACUAACACGAGAACGACUUUGCUGUGGUUUGUCGAUAUUUGAAGUCGUGCUUAGCAGAUUGCGUAGCUUCUUGGAUGAUCCUAUAUGGGUUGGUCCUCCUCCAGCAAAUGGGGUUAUGAACGUUGACGAAUGCACGGAGUUUCAUAGAUUAUGGAGCGCAUUACAAUUUGUCUAUUGUAUUCCCGUCGGAGAAACGGAAUUCACGGUUGAGGAGCUAUUUGGGGAAGGGUUACACUGGGCUGGAUGCGCUAUGAUAGUAUUACUUGGCCAACAAAGACGUUUCGAGGCUCUUGAUUUCUGUUAUCAUAUUCUGAGAGUGCAACGGGUAGACGGGAAGGACGAAAAUGUUAAAGGAAUCCAUUUGAAAAGAAUGGUGGACAGAAUUAGAAGAUUCCAAGUAUUAAAUUCGCAAAUUUUUGCUGUAUUAAAUAAGUAUUUAAAAAGUGGAGACAGUGAUGUAACAAGCGUCGAACAUGUUCGAUGCUUUCCGUCGCCUAUUCAUCCCUCGCUUGCUCAUGCACAGCAACAACAUUAUCAUACGCCAGAAUAUUUACGUCAAAUAAACCAUCAGUAAAGCAACUUUACAAGCAAUCGUAUUUGUAAUACAACAUAAUAAUUAAGGCUGAGUCCAACUUUUUAACUAGCUCGUAUCUACGAGUAAUAACAUAAUGUAAUAACGUUUUGAAAUAUUUAUUUAAGACUUUUUAAGAAUAAAUAUUGAGCAUUUAAUAUAUUGCAUUCUACCUUCUUAUCAAUACAUUUAAUAUUUGAAGCGAUCACAUUCAUGAAACGUGAACUACUUUCAUAAAACCUCUCGGACCCUUUUUGUUUUCGUAACAGAAAAUUAUAAGGGACUUGGAACUCAUAAUGCAUUUUUUAUGACGUUGAAUAUUCUGCUUGUUUGUAUAUGGUCUAUUACCACGUAAAAAAUAUUAGUAGUAUUUAACGUACUAGCAAUUAAUCAAUAAGAACAUUUGUAUAUCCUAUUAAUGUAUAAUAAUACUUUUAUUAUUACUCAUUUCUAUAUAUAACAAUACGAAAUCUUUAUUCGAGGACUCUGAAGAAAUCUUCGAUAAUACAAUAUUACCCAGUUUCACAUUGAAUUUCGAAUUUUUAUGUUAAGUGUUAUACAAUAUCAGUAUUAUUUAUUCUAAUUUAUACUAGUAAAGAUGAUUUAAAUUCCAUAAUAUAUACAUGAAUUCUUAUGUUUUGUUUAUAUCAUGUUCUGUUUAAAUUUUUAUGAGUUCUUUUUUUAGCGAUUAAGUACAAAUUAUGAAGUAUAUUAAAUGCUUGUAAUUACAGUAGCAAAUAUCCAGUGAAUUUUUAUCACCUUUAGCUUAGAGAACCUUUUUUUAUAAUCUUAUUUAGUCGAUACCGAACGAACUUCUAUUACUGUUUGAAAAAUAAAAAAAAUUGUAUAAUAAGUAACUUAUUGUAAAUUACGAAUCGUGCAAUGCAAUGGUUACAAAUGAAUGUUCCAAAGCGUGUACUUUAUAACAUUUUUAGGAAAAUACAUAAUAUUAUACAACUUUAAGUUUUGUACUCUUUUCUUCUACAUCUUUUUUAUUUAGUCAGAAAACCAUAUUAGAAACUCAAGUUUGUACCCAUCUAUUGUAUACUACACCUACACUAUGAUUGUACCAUAAAGUGUCAGUAAUAAAAGUUUGGUAAA